CAUAGACUUGUUGAUAAUGGCCCACAGUUUGCACUUAAUUUUUCUCACAUUAUCAUUAUGUAUUUCUACGCUAUACAGUCAGUUACCAAAGAAAGAAAAAUACUACGCUAUUAAGGAGGAUAUUCCUCACAUCAAAUGUGAAACAUGUCAAAAGGCGGUUAAGUAUUUAUAUGGCAAAACCCAUGAUAUGCGGACAGCUGAGGGGACAUCAAAACCGAAAAGGCUUGAAGAAGAUAAAGUAAUUGAGCUUGUGGAGAAAUCCUGCAAUCCAGAGAAAGAGGAGGGAAGUUGGAUUUCAAAAAUAGACCUUGUGGAAAAGGAUGGAGAGUUAAGACUUUCUGAGCAAACUGAUGUUGGAAAAUGCAAAAGAGAAUGUCAGACUGUUUCAAAGGCUUGUGAGGAGUCUGUUGGAGAUGUCGACACAGAUCUGGCAGAAUUGCUAUGGAAAGACAAAUUAACUUUAUCUAGACUGAUCAAUGAAGUUUGCUACUCCAUGUCAAAUGUAUGCAAAGGAAAGAAACCAAAGCUGAAGGCUGGAGAAAGAAAAGUUGAUGAAGAGUUUCAUGUGAUGACUGAAGAUGAAAAGAAAGCAGAUGAAGUUCUAAAACAAAUGAGGGGAAUGCCUGGAAUGCCAGGCAUGGAGAUGUACUCCAGGGAGGACAUAGAAAAGAUGAGGGACCAGCUUGGUGAUCACAGAAAAGAAAAUGAUGAGAGUGAAGAAGUGUUGGACAGUGAAGGAAACCUUUUUCAUGGAGAAGGAGUUAGCUUCCUGCAAACAGUUAUGAAUGGACUAUCAUGGCUCUGGUCCUGGCUAAAGAACCUCUUUGGUUUCAGAAAUAGCUCAUCAGGAGAAUUAUACUUAGUGAUCAUGAAAUCGGCGUUAAAAUGGCCGUUACAGAUGGCAGUUAUGGACAAACUAUCCUGGAGAUUACAAAGUACUUUCCUUAUUGGCUUGAUCGGUCUCUCAAGUAAAAUAUUUCUAGAAUGGUUUAACUCAGUUAGAAAGUACAAUUUCGAUGUUUUGGAGAGGAAUGCUAAAGACAGGCCAGAUGGGGUUCCAUUAGUUACAGUGUGUAACCAUACAUCUUGUCUUGAUGAUCCAUGCUUGUGGGGACUUUUACAACUAAAAAGUGUUCUUAACCCAAGCAAACAGAUUCGAUGGACUCUUGGUGCUCAAGAACUUCUAUUUUCAACUCCUUUCCGUACCUUCUUAUUUAGCAGAGCAAAGGCAAUUCCUGUCAUCAGAGGUGAUGGUAUUUUUCAGAAAGGAGUGGAUGUUGCUAUUGAACAAUUGAAUAAAGGAGAAUGGAUUCAUGUUUUUCCUGAAGGUGCUGUUAAUAUAAAUGAUUCUAUCAAGAGACUUAAAUGGGGUGUUGGGCGGCUAAUUGCAGAGGCACAAGUAACACCAAUUGUUGUCCCAUUCUGGCAUGAAGGAAUGGAUGAUGUUUUACCUAAUUAUAGUCCCUACAUUCCAAGAAUAAUGAAGAGAGUCACAGUGCUCAUAGGAGAACCAAUGGAGUUCACGGAGACUGUAGAAGAGUACCGAAAAGCCAAGAAAACUGCGAUGGAGACAAGAAAACACAUCACUGAUAAGAUACAGGAGCGGUUUAAGGAGCUUAAGGAGGAAACACGGCUUCUGCACAGCAAAUGGAGAUAACCUCUUAGCCAAUAUUUUUAGAUAUUUGAAAUUCUUUCGGUGCUGAUUUAUGUGGCAAUAUUAACCCUUUAACUUCCAUGAUGUGAUUGCUAAUUCUCCCCUCUAGCUGCUACACGUCUCCUUGUGAAUUAGUUACGAGAAGUUGGUGUUGGACCAAGACAACUCCUACCUGAUCCGCUCGAGUAUUCUCAUCACCUCUUUUUACUGGAUAAUGUAUGAAUAUAACUGGGAGAAGUUAAAUGUUAAUCACUUCUGGGAGUUUUAGAAGGGUUGAGGGGCCUCUGUCAAUGUGACUCGCCGUAAAAUUAAAAAUAAAAUCACAAUGAAAAUUGCUCCAGCUUGCAAACGUCUGCCACGUGCACGGAGUGCGUGCUAUCCAAAAACGCUUUGUAGUGUCAUUACAAAUCCUUCUCUAUGCUCGAAUCAUUGAGAUUACAUGUUCCUUAUCUUUCCAGCGCAAAAAGGGGCGGAAAACUGAUAGCAUGAUGUUUCGGGGGACGAUUUGUUUCUUCCGCUUUUCGGACUUAGGAAAAAAAAAUGGAACGACUGAUCGCUGUUUGCUCUGUCAGUGAAAUAGACACAUUUCUUUCCUAGUUUUUUUUUUUCCGCCCAUUUGUAAAUUCGGAAUUCUUUGGAGGUAAAACACAGUACGAUUAUUUCAAGUUGUUAAUUAAAGGAACAAAACUCA